AUGAAAGAGCACUUCUUCAGGCUUUGCCAUUUUGCAGGGAUCGUAGAAACAAUCGAAACACUACGUGUCGAUGAACUACCUGCUCUCGGCAGACAUCAUUGGGAGGGCGAUGAGAUUCUGCAUUUCAUUCAUGCGGUCUUGAUGCGAAUUCAAAGUGAACUUCAGAAAGUUCCAGAAUUAACCGAAAUUGUGGUUGAAUAUUGUCCGACGACCAGAAAAAUAACGUUUCGUGAAACCGACAUAACAAAUGAUCACUUUUUCCUUCCCAAUGAAUUCAUCGAGCAUUUCGCCGCCUAA